AUGACUCUUUCCAUUCCUUCCAGUCUAUCGUGGUAUUGCGCUGCACCUCAUACUGCUGCCAGCAAUUACACUCUUCCACCUCAACUCCUUCAGGACGAUUACACUCCCCCUUCUCAAGAAGCCGAAUUGAUUCAUUUGAUUCACGUUCAAAGACAUUCAAAGCGUACGUCAGUGAACCUGUUACCGAACGAAGAAUUCUAUAAUCCACCUGCAGGUUGGAACUGUAACAACAUCCAAUACUACAAUUACGCUCAUGGAAACGAUGGCUCAACAAACAUUCAAAAACACUUCGGAAUUCCUGAUUGGCAUCCUCUCAAAUCGAGAUUUUGGAACGGGACAUGCGAAUCGGGUCCUUUGACCGCAGGUGGCUUGCAUGAUGCCUUCCAACAAGGUAAAGACUUGUGGAGCGUUUAUGGACCCAAAGGCAAGAACCCGAUCCAUAAUUUUGGAAGUCCAUGGCCGACACAGCAUAACACAUUAUUGAGAAACAGUCCAGAAGAGAGAACGUUCCAGGUUGCAAGUGGAUUGUUGCACGGAAUGGGCGUCCCUGAUCAUGAGAAUUUCAAAUCUGUCGUGAUGCCUUCUACUUUGGAUAACAUUGUGCCAAAUUACGUUUGUUCUCAUGCCAACGAUCUGCGUAAUACGAUUAAUGCAGAAAAAGCUUGGACCGAUCAUAUCGCAAGUAAAGCUGAUUUGUUUGGUACAUUGAACGACGUAUUGGGCACAGCGAACCUUUCAGCUUGGAACAGUUGGAUCGACCACCCAUUCGAUGCACUUUCUUCACGUCAAUGUAACGGACAUCCAUUACCCACCAAUCCUCAAACAGGUAAAAGCAUCACACAAGAUAUUGCCGAUCAAGUAUACGCAGAAGGUAAUUGGGAGUACAAUUACAUUUGGAACGCAAGUCCCAAUGCAGAUGAAUAUACCAAAUACUCGAUUGCUUUAUUGGUCAAAGAACUUGCAGUCCUGAUGAAAACCGUACAAGAUGGCACAAAUGAGAAAAAGUUGAGCCUUUUCGUCGGUCAUGAUGGUACUAUGGUACGUUUGUUCAAAACUGUUGGCAUGCCUUACAUCAUGUGGCCCGGUAUGGGCAGCGAACUCAACUUUGAGAUCUACAAAACCAAGGAAAAGACUCCAAAAUACUACGUUCGCACUCUAUCAUAUGGCAAAACAUUGAACUCAACGGUAAAAGCGCUUACCGGCAGUGAUCAACCAGCAGAAGCUUCUUGGGCUCCACUUGAGGAUGUUAUUGCUUACUUGAACGAGCGUGUACCUGCUGAUUUGGCUUCUAAAUGCUGA